AUGUCUGUACUUCUGAGCGCACACAUGAAGAAUCGAGCUAAUCAUCUGCUGGCCUUCUUGGCCCUAUGCGACAUUUUGGUGUUCGUAAUGAUGUUCCCACACUAUCUAGCGGCAUUGGACGUCUUUGCCCACAAUACACAAUUCAGACUGGCGCAUUUCAAUUCAAAGGUCCACUUUGCUGCUCUAACGAAUUGGUUCUCAGCGGCGGCUAUUUGGUUCGUGCUGGCUGUGUCCGUCGAGCGACUUCUCAUUGUGAAGUUCCCGUUCCGUUCUCUUGACAACUAUAACGUAUGUGACUUACCUUUUAUAGUUACCGUCAGAAUGAAUUUCAGUAGAGAAAAUUCAGAUUUUCCAUUGUUCCGACAAAGUUUUUACUCCAAUAAUGAUAACUAUCACCACGUCUCGUACACCUGCAAGACCUUCACCGUGUGCUCAGGCACUCAAUUGAUCGGAGGCUGCUAUUCGAAUGCGUUACCCAAUUGGGGAUCACGUCCAAAUCCCACAUCAGCCCUUACAAGACAAUGGAUAGAAAUGUCCGUCUUCUUGAAUGCUGUCUUUGCCGUGUUACUGCCAGUUUUUGCUGUUGCUGUGCUGAACAUUUCGCUCGUUCGGCUUCUCAAAAAGAGAAAUACUCAGGAACUUUUAGUGAACACUGUGAACACAAAUCCAUCGGCAAGACACGAACAGGAGAGGAAAAUGACGCAUACUGUAUUGGCUAUAGUCACGUGUUUCUCCUUAACACAAGGGCCGUCAGCUCUGGUGUUCAUCUAUCAGUUACUCUACCCUUCGUCAAGCGCCGGUCUACGAACGGCAUCGAUUGUUGCAAACCAGUUGGUACUGACAGGGAAGAUGCUCAAUGUGGUGCUAUUCUGCAUGACUUCGUCUACGUUCCGCCGCAAACUCUUCCAAACCUGUAGGCGAUGGCUGCUCGUAGUCGUUUACUUCGACCGUCAUCGAGGAAUCAGGUAUGAAAAGGGUCAGUGGUCGUUUUUUCCUCUUUCGCUUUUGUUGUGGCCUGCCUAA